AUGAAGUAUCCAGUCUCAGAAUUUUUGUUCACUUUGAGCUGGAGUCUUGCCUCUUCUCUCUAUUUUCAUCAGGGGGAGAAAGAAGAAAAGUGUAUCAUAGAGGACAUUCCAGGUGACACUCUGGUUACAGGACAUUACAAAAUCCAAUCAUGGGAUUUGGCCACAGGAGACUUUCUUUCUUCUGCCCCAGGUUUGGGAAUGUUUGUGAAUGUCAAAAGUUCAGACGGACAGGUUUUGCUGCAUAAUUUGUAUGGACCAGAAAGUUAUUUUACAUUUCAAUCACACUCUCAAGGGGAGCACCACAUCUGCUUCAUAUCCAACUCGACCAAAAUAGCAGUGUUUGCUAGGAACAAACUGCGCAUAAAUUUGGAUAUUCAGGUUGGUGAAAAUCCUAUUGACGUGUCUUUUGGUGAAACCAAGGACAAGAUAAAUGAAUUGAAGGAAAGAAUCCUGUAUUUGAUAUACCAAAUGCAAUACAUCAGCAAACAGCAAAACUACCAGAGGUCACGUGAAGAAGAAUUUCGUCAAAUGAGUGAAGAAACUAAUAGCAGUGUCUUAUCGUGGGCAAUCAUUCAAACCGUUAUCCUCUUCUCAAUGGGAGUUUGGCAAAUGAGGCACAUGAAAAAUUUCUUGAUAGCCAAGAAACUAGUAUGA